CACCCAUUUCUCAAACGGUACAGUCCCGUUAUAAUCGGGAAGAGCCAGGACCUGUACAGUCCCGUUAUACUCGGUCAGAGCUAGGAGCGUUACAGUCCCGUUAUACUCGGGUAGAGCGAGGCGCUCCGAAUAGCGGUUUGAGGAAUGAGGCGGAAAAGGCGAGGAGAACAUGUACACAGGACUUCUCUAAACGAAAAUGCUUUGAUAUGGAAGAUGUGUUUGUUGCUGAGAUGGUGGAUUCCUGUACUAUUCCUGACAGAUCUCCCAUCAAGCUCAGCCAUCCAGGUCUCCUCUCGUGAAGACAAGAAGUAUGCCACGCUGUUCCAGUCGGUGGUCCUGCCGUGUCAAUACUCCAGCAUGUCCACCCAGACGCCUGUGGUCCAAUGGUGGUACAAGUCUUACUGCCGCGACCGCACCCGCGACGCCUUCAGCUUCCCGGAGGGCCUGGGGGUACGGGGCUCCUCGUCCCAUCUAGACUGCUCCGAUUCUAGCCGCACCGUCCGCGUGGUGGCCUCCGUCACCGGAUCCUCCAUCACCCUGGCCGAGCACUACAAGGGCAGAGAUAUUACUAUCAUCAACAAGGCUGACCUGCGUAUCGGGGAGCUCCAGUGGGGAGACAGUGGCGUUUACCUGUGUAAGGUGAUCAUCUCUGACGACCUCGAGGGCAGGAAUGAGGCCCCUGUGGAGCUUCUGGUGUUGGGUAAGACAGGUACAGGUGUGUCAGAUGAUCUCCUGCCUGACUUUGAUGUGAAGAUUAUGCCAGAAUGGGCCUUUGUGGGCUCGGUAGCCCUGGGUAUUAUCCUGUUCAUCUUGCUGUUUGGUGUGUGUUGGUGCCAGUGCUGUCCUCACUCCUGCUGCUGUUAUGUGUCCUGUUGGUGCUGCCCUGAGACCUGCUGCUGCCCACGACACUUGUACGAGGCAGGAAAGGGGUUGAGGAGCAGGGCUUCGUCCCCCCAGAUCGCUGUCUAUCCACCCUACUACGUACCUGGGGUCCCGGCCAUGGUCCCCAUCGCUCCCCCCUCCCUGGUGGACACCACGAUGAUGUCCGCUCCCCCCUCUGUGUCAGAGAGCAGUGCAGCUGGAGUGCGGCCUGUGUACCGGCUGCAGUCUACUCUGGAUCAGUCCUCUCUGGAUCAGGACUCUCUGAAGGUGUUGCAGCACGUAGAGAAACAGCUGGCUCUUUUCCACCCGGCCAAGGCCCAGAGCCACGACUCCUGCAGUAUCUCAGAGCUCAGUUCUCUCCAUGAGGUGGAUACAGGGGGUUUCCGUCAGUCUUACCGCCAGAUACAGAAGAAGGCCCUGCCAGCCAUCCCUGACCACGACCGUGACCUUGAAGACAUCCCUGACCUCCAUCCUCCCUCGUCCUCCUCUCAGACCCGUCGCCCCACACGCUACCAGCACCGCCGCAACCGCAGCAUUGAGGAGGACCAUCAUCAUGAUAAUAACAGCAGGUGGAACCCUCGUUCAGAGCACCUGCAGCGUAAGGCCUUCCUCCUGGGUGGGAAGUCAGGCUCUCUGGAUGAGCUGGAGGAGUUUUCCCAGUGCUACAGACAGAGAGGCCCCAGGGAGGAGCUCACUGUCAGGGACAUCAGAGACACCGACCAGGAGUACGAGAGACUGGAGCUGCGGGAACGAGAAGGUGACCGGGAUAGGGAUCGAGAUCGGGAAUACUGUCCGCCUUCUUACCGGGACAAGACGACGAAACGUGGUUACCGUGAUAACAGAGAUCGCGAUGACCGCGCAGAGACUUGGCGAGAACGAGAUCGCCAAGAGGAUUGCCAUGGAGAUCGUCAGGGAAACCGACAACGCAGUCCGCCACCCUCGCCCAAGAAGAGACGGGGCACGUGGGACAAUGAGCUGGAGCAGCGCCCCCCUAAACCCCCCGCCCCUCCUCCUCCUCCUCGCCAGAGCCCCCGGGGGCGGGACUACGAUGACGAACUCCUGAGCACUCUUUUGGAGCGCAAGACCAGACGGGGUGGGGCCAGUGACAGUGGAGGUGAUAGGGGCAGGGGAGGGGGGCGCAGCGAAGAGGACACGCCCUCAGACACACCCUCUAAGGGCUCUAAGGGCUCUAAGAAGAGCAGCGGCAGUGGCGGUGAGCGUCACCAUGGCCGUUGUCCUAGCAACAGGGAGGUGGAGUUGGUAUUAGACUCACGGGGAGAAGACUCUCUACCCCCGUACUGCCAGACUGCGUUAGAGCGGUUCAGAGCCGCUGAGCGCCCCUCCCCCUCCCCUCGCCCCUCCACCCAUUCUUCCCGCCCCUCCAACGGAGGCUCCACCCAUAGCCACACCCAUACCCUACAGCAGGAGAGCGGAGAGGAGCGGGAUAAGCCCCGGAAAGUGGUAUGGAGGCUCACCUUAACAGAUAUACUGUGACUCAGGUGAGAAAGGAAUCUGUUUUAGAAGUCAUUGCACCUGUGCCUCUUUAGCCAGAGAGAUAAGCAGAAUCAGACCAUAAUAAGAAAAGCUGGAAAACUAUCGUCAAGAUCUGAACCUGAACCACUGCUUACCUUUUAUAGCGUUCCAUUCUGGGGGUUUUCUUAUUCCCUGGGUUUGUUUUUCUAAUCUAAUGGUUUACAACUGUGUUUAUAUGGACUUUUAUGGAUCUAACUCCAUUUGUCUGCAAUCAGUUACAAUUAAAAGGCACAGGUGAUUAGAUAUCACAUUUGUUCAACUUAACAUAUUGACUAGCACUACUACUACUACAACUACUACUACUACCACCACUACUACUACUACUACUACUACUACCACUACUACUACUUGGCUAAUGCCAGCGUUGUGUUCAGCCUUCUAACAGUUUUUUUGUUUUACCUCAGUUGAAAUGGCAGAGCCAGGUCAAAUCUCUUUGUAACCUUUGUGCCCCCAAUGUGACCCCAGAACCUGACGUCACUUAUCCUUCUUAUUCUGCCUGCUUGCUGCUCCUCUCCCAACUAACUGACAGAGCUUGGCUUGCUACUCCUCUCCCAACUAACUGACAGAGCUUGGCUGAGACGAGCGGGGUAUUUUCACCAUUACACUGAGCCAAAUGAGCACAAAGCACAGCUUCCAUCACUCUGCACACACGUGACUAACGUGAAGCUCUCUUGCUGUUUUCUUUUAACAGAGCACUCUUCUUAGCAGAGACUCUCUCAUAGUUUGAUGCCUGGAGAGGACACAUACAGACUCUGGGAAAGACACAGGGGAUUAUCCUCUACCCCCCCAUCACCCCACACAGGGGAUCAUCCUCUACUCCCCCCAUCACCCCACACAGGGGAUCAUCCUCUACCCCCCCAUCACCCCACACAGGGGAUCAUCCUCUACCCCCCCCAUCACCCCACACUGGGGAGGAGAGAGGUUCUCAGAGCACACUAGGCAAGCAGAGAACCCCAUGGAGAGGUCAGUGACCAGCAGAGGGAAUGGCUACCUCUGAGUGACAGGCAGUACAACAACUGGACUGACCAUGGCACAGGACGUGGGACGGUCUGAUCAGACUUUAGAUACACAUCAAUCACCAUGACCUAAGAAGAAGAGUACUGUUCAGAGCUGUGACAAAGACCUCUGGAUGCACAGGACAAAUAGCACUGUGUGUGUGUGAGAGACGAAGUAUGGUGCUUAUUCCUGUCUGCUCUUUUGUGUGUCAGAGUGAAUAGUUUCUCCAUCUCCCUCUCCAUUCUAUUCUCCUCUCUCACUUACAACACACACUGAAUGACGAUGUCAUUCCGGAGUUUCUGUCACUGCCACCUCUACACAGUGCAACGCUCUCUCUGUGAAGUCGCUGAAUGAUGAUGUCACUCUGGGGUUUCUGCCACAGCCUGCACCACCACUGCCCAGUCACGGCCGAAGGCCGCCGUUGAGACAACGUUUGGAUUCUGUUGUGUGAAUGGUGUGGAUCCCCCAUACCAUUGUGUUUGUCAGUGUAAAGCACCUGUUGGCCUUGCUUGGCCUUGACUCUGUGGAUAGAGGACACAGUGUUUCUUAAUCAUUGUGUUUAAUGCAAUGAUACAAUGUGGGUUAUACCCAGUAAGUUUGGACUAGAGGGUACUACUAACAGAGCCGGGGAGAGAAACUGGAACUUUAGGGACGGCAGGUAGCCUAGCGGUUAAGAGCGAAAGGUCGGUGGUUCAAAUCCUCGAGCCGCCUAGGGUGAAAAGAAAUGUGUUGAUGUGCCCUUGAGCAAGGCACUUAACCCCAAUCGCUCCUGUAAGUCGCUCUGGAUAAGAGUGUCUGCUAGAUGACGUAAAUGUACUGGGUUGUGAUUAUGUGCCAUCUAUCCUUCGAAGACUGUAUUUGGUUUAUAAUAGUUUUAUACAUAGUUUAUCAACUCUGCCUGUCUCUGUGUUAAAUCAUGUUGUGAUUACAAUGCAGUAAAUGAUUGUGCAAGUGUAACUGAAAGCACUUGUGGGUAUGUCUGUGUGUGUUUAAGAUAAGAUAACCAAGGUGUGUUUAGUUUUCUUAUCAUUGUUGUGUAAACCGCUAAACACACAACUUUAUCUCCACUCAUUAGCACUUACACACACACACACACACACACACAUUUACUGACCUUCAUGCAAACAUACUGGCUGUCAACUUACCACAGCUCUUUCUCGCGCCUUGUAGAAGGAUUCGUUACAAUUGUUCAUGUUUAGUGUUGUUGUUUUUUUCCACUUCUUUCAGUGUAGUUAUUGUUCAUAGCUUUUGUGCUUUUCUAUGUUAUUUUCUUUCUAUGCUUGUUCUACGUCAUCGUGUUCCUGUGUUCCAUUUAUCUGUCUGUCAAUGAGACGGUUGUUUCACAGCCCAGCUCCCUGUCUGUCAAUGAGACGUUGUUUCACUGAGUUGAAGUCAUAGGCGACAGGCAACAAUGGCUUUGUCUAUUUAUGAUCAUCACCAACUGACUGUUACUCUAAGAGAUCUGGUAAUCACACACACACACACACACACACACACACACACACACACACACACACACACACACACACAGUAUCUUGGAAAGUGCAUGUUGGUGAACACUAAACGGCGGCAGGGUAGCCUAGUGGUUAGAGUGUUGGACUAGUAACCGAAAGGUUGCAAGUUCAAAUCCCCGAGCUGACAAGGUACAAAUCUGUUCCUAGGCCGUCAUUGUAAAUAAGAAUGUGUUCUUAACUGACUUGCCUAGUUAAAUAAAGGUAAAAUAAAUAAACACUGAAGUUGUAUUUCUCCUUUAGGUCACCUUGUUAUAGUAACUUAUACCAUAAGUGGGGCUUUUUGCAAUAACACUUACCGUCCGUUACAAACUAAUACCUAAUUAACUAUUAUUUAUUAUUUACCUCCAGAGACGCAGUUUAACCACAGCCUUUACCUCAAAUACUGUUGACCAGGCAGCUUCAAUCUCAUUCAAUAAAGUCUACUUAAUCUACACAUCUUCUCCACUGUCCUUCAUUCAGUUUAUAAGGACCUUUUGUCAUCCUUCAGGUGUUAUGUCUUUAUGGUGGUAAAGUAUGUCUUAUAAAUCACUGUAGUAAAGUAUGUCUUAUAAAUCACUGUAGUAAAGUAUGUCUUAUAAAUCACUGUAGUAAAGUAUGUCUUAUAAAUCACUGUAGUAAAGUAUGUCUUAUAAAUCACUGUAGUAAAGUAUGUCUUAUAAAUCACUGUAGUAAAGUAUGUCUUAUAAAUCACUGUAGUAAAGUAUGUCUUAUAAAUCACUGUAGUAAAGUAUGUCUUAUAAAUCACUGUAGUAAAGUAUGUCUUAUAAAUCACUGUAGUAAAGUAUGUCUUAUAAAUCACUGUAGUAAAGUAUGUCUUAUAAAUCACUGUAGUAAAGUAUGUCUUAUAAAUCACUGUAGUAAAGUAUGUCUUAUAAAUCACUGUAGUAAAGUAUGUCUUAUAAAUCACUGUAGUAAAGUAUGUCUUAUAAAUC